AUGGCUGGAACUUCAUUUGGUGGGGGAUUAUCAAACUGCGGGCAACUUAAUAAUGCAUUUUUGACAUUACUACAAGCUAGUGAGGAAAAAAUUGAAAGAUUUUUGGGCUAUACUAAUUAUACAAUUACUUUUUAUCCUGCGAUGGCAAACAGCUCAAUAAUAUUUUACUUCUGUGAAUUAAAUGUGACAACUAGCAUUCUAGCUACAAGAUUGAGUCAGUUUACAGGGUUAAAUUUUGAAUAUAUCUUUGAUAUAUUGAUCGGAUUAAUUAAUCCACCAUUUGAAUCACCACUUGAUUGCAUUGAAAGUGAAUUAAUGUCUUAUUAUUUCUUUACACAAAAUAUCAAAGAAAACAUUAUUCCAAUAUUUAAAUCCCAAGUUGAGGAAUCUCCAAUCAAUUCCAACAGUUCGUGUAAUGCCACCAUACAAUAUGUUUCAUAUUACUAUCAAGCAGCAAAAAGUUUAAUAGCAAUGAAAAAAGAAAUCAAUAUUUUGGAUGCAGCAGCUUUUAAUAUUAUUGGACUAAGAGAUCUUUAUAUUGGAUAUACUAAUAACAUUUUUACAUGUCAACGUAAUUCACUAAUUGGUAGAACAGUUGAUUUGUUAAAUGGAAGUGAAAACGUGAUCCGUGCAUAUUUAUUAAAUGAGACAUCGAUACUUCCACCACCAUACAGUUGUGUUCAAGGAAUUAUCGACUCUUCAGCAAAUCAAAUGAACGAUCAUAUUAUUGAAUUCAGCAAUAGCCUGAUAGAUCCAUCACCUAGAUGCGAAUUUUUCCUAAGUCAAUUUAUUACAUAUCAAAGUAUUUGGUCAAGUUAUAUCACCAAUCUCACUAUCUUUGCAUUAAGUAAUGCAGUGAAAAAUCCAGUAUUGAUACCAUCAUUUGAAGUUGAAUUCAGCUGUGAACUCAAUAUAAUGAUUAUUUUUGCAGCAAAUGCUACCAAUUUCUUUUCUGGAGUAGAUUCUGAUAAAAUUUAUGAUAUUUUAAAUGGAGUCAUUAAUGCUCCAUUUGAAAAACCCUUAGACUGUGUCGAAAAUUAUUUGAUUUCCAUGCAAAAUAAAAUUGCUGGCUUAAGAAAAUCGUUCAUUUCUCAACUGCAACAACUAGCCGUUCAAUCAACAGCUAACACAAGCUCUUGUGAAGCAACUUAUUCAAGCCUUGCUAGCUAUGUCAGCGUAAUGGUUUCUAUAAUUAGUUCUAAGGGUCCAUAUGUCAACUAUGGACUCAACGAAUUCGCUAGAAUUAAUUUUGAUAGCUUGUAUUUGGACUCAAUGGCAACAAUGCUUAAUUGUGUUCCAAAUAUUUUAGGGGCUUAUAUAGGUUCGGCAUUGAAUGGAAUUUCAAAUGCUGUAGCAGCUUAUUCAAGUGGUCAAACAUCAAGACUUCCAUAUCCAUUUAGCUGUGUUAAAGUUUUAAUCAACAUUUACAGCAGCUUACUUAACCAAGCAAUAGUCGGUUUCAGUACCAAUCAGCCUAUAAAUUUAUUAAUACCUGAUAUUUCUAAAUAUCAAGGAUAAUUUUU